UUUCCCACUCUCUCUGCUUGCUCAGCUUCUUCUGCUGUGCUCUCCCUCUUUGCUUUUUUCUCCUCCAAAACCCUUCUUGCCUUAAAGAUUAAUGGAUGUUCGCAAGCGAGGAAGGCCUGAAUCUGGCUUCAAAGCUAAUGGCGGUGUCAAGAAGUCCAAGCGAGAACUGGAGUCCUUAUCAACUGGUGUAGGAAGCAAAUCGAAGCCAUGCACCAAAUUUUUCAGUACCACGGGCUGUCCCUUUGGUGAAGGCUGCCAUUUUCUUCACUAUGUCCCUGGUGGUUAUAACGCUGUUGCUCAGAUGAUGAACUUAGCACCUGCUGUCCCUCCAGCAUCUAGAAACGCUCCGGCUGCAGCUCCUGUCGCAAAUGGCUCUUCUGCACCCGCAGUUAAAACACGCAUAUGCAGCAAGUUCAAUACUGCUGAAGGCUGCAAAUUUGGUGACAAAUGCCAUUUUGCUCAUGGUGAGUGGGAACUUGGCAAACCUGUUGCUCCAUCCCAUGAUGAUCCCCGUGCCAUGGCUCCUCUCCCAGGUCGUUUUACUGGUCGAGUGGAGCCACCGCCACUGCCUCCACCUGGCCCCGCUUCUGGCUUUGGUGCGUCAGCAACUGCAAAAAUCAGCGUAGAUGCUUCCCUAGCCGGGGCCAUCAUUGGGAAGGGCGGUGUAAAUUCCAAGCAGAUAUGUCGCCAGACAGGUGUCAAGCUUGCAAUCCGAGAACACGAGUUGGAUCCCAAUCUCAAAAACAUUGAACUAGAGGGAACUUUCGAACAGAUCAACGCAGCGUCUGCCAGGGUAAGAGAAUUGAUUUUUAAUAUUUCUAUGACUGCCCGGGCUAAACCUAGCGGAGUUACAGGGGGUCCUGCUCCUCCAGGAAACAACUAUAAAACAAAGCUUUGUGAUAAUUUUGCUAAAGGCACUUGUACCUUUGGAGGUAGAUGUCAUUUUGCACAUGGGGCUGCUGAAUUGCGCAAGACUGUAGUGUGAUGCCUUAGUUAUAGCCCCCCCUUUUUUUUUUUUUUUUCUCUGGCUAGUUCAUGGCAGAAACUGGAUAGUAACUUUGUAUCAUUAGGAGCUCUGAAAAUUGCCGCUUUGCAAUGCAGUCUAUUUUGACACUAAUAUACGAGAGAUUUUAGCGUUUUGGUCCUUUUUGAACUUCCCUUGGUCGAUAACUUUCCUGAACUUGUUUGGAACCUUGUUGCUUUUGUGAUUAGACACUUAACUAGUGAAUUGAUUCCAUUUUGUUUGGCUUCUUAAA